AGUGUGUGACGUGACCUCAUUUAUUAUUUCGUAAAUCGCUGCGCUUCCCUCUCUCGCUCUCUCCAACAACUGAACUAACUCCUCUCUCUCUCUCUCGCUCAUUUCGUUUCUGUAUUAACAUUCUGUUGAAUUCAGCAGCUAGGGUUUCGAUUCUUCCAGUUGGAAAAGGAAAAGAAGAACACAGAGAUUGAAAGCAGAAGCAAGGAAUUGGGCCACGCUUGAUAUUAUUCCCAUAGAAGUCUGAUGUUGGAAAUGGGUUCAAGAUGAAGCUUUGGUAGAUUUUGGGCACUUUUCAGGUCUUUUAAGCAGAUGCGAUGUUUAACAUACCCGUGAGAUGCUUAACAUGGUUGGGCAUUGGAGUUGUUAGUGAGGUCUAGUAAUGGCUAUUGCUGGUUUACAAAAUGUUCCUGUGCUUGAUUCUUCUUUUAAUAGAGAAUCCCGGUCUCCACUCUCAAGGCGGUGGGGUAAUCAUGACAGGCUGAGCACUCGGACAUCCUCUCUUCUGCAAAUGUGGCGGACGCUCGAGGGUGAGCAUGUGAUGAGUCAUUCCCAAUUGAGAGUUGGUGAUAGAUUGCUGCAACAGAGGAUUCAUGUCUCAAAUGCUGACCUUGAGAAUGCACAUUUAUCUGAGAGACAAGAUGGUGAUGAUGAAGAUAGCUUGGGGGAUGGCAAUGAGAUUGCAAAUGAGUGCCAAACAUGGUCCCAAGGACAAAUCAGGUUGCAGAAUGAACAAGAAAAUGGGAACAGUUCUAGCUCAGAGCAGUCCACUGAUUUUGGGGAGGUUGAAAGGGAGAGGGUGAGGCAAAUCUUCCAGGAAUGGAUGAACAGUGGAGUAAGGGGCCAAGUAUCGGACGUUUCCCAUGUGAACAACUAUUCGAGGGCACAAUGUCUUGGUGAAAAUGAGUGCGAAAGAGUGAGAGUUAUAAGAGAGUGGACACAAAUGACUAGCCAGCAGAGAGACACUUGUGGUAGCAGUAGGGAAGAACAGGCUGCUCACAUUGGUGCUCAAAUUGAACGAGUUCGUGAUGGACUUGUUGUUAAUCAUAGUGAGAUUGGUGCUCAGAGGAACAUCCGCCAAUUAUGUGGCAGACAGGCUUUGCUUGAUUUGUUGGCAAGGGCCGAGAGGGAAAGGCAAAGAGAACUCCAGGGUUUGUUGGAGCAUCGGCCUGUAUCUGAUUUUGCUCACCGUAAUCGUAUUCAGUCAUUACUGAGAGGCAGAUUUUUGCAAAGUGGAAGAUUGGUCCAAGACGAGAGACCCUCUUCUGCGGCGGCAAGUGAAUUGGGUUUGUUGAGGCAAAGACAGAGUGUGUCUGGUUUGAGGGAAGGAUUCCUUUCCAGAUUGGACAAUUUUAUCCCAGGAUCAGCUAUCACUGCCCAGUCUGAUACCACGUCUUACAAUGACAUAAAUGAUUAUAGAAAUGAACAAACUCAAACAAACAGUUCAUUUGAGGACCUAGAUGCAAUCCAGGAACAAUCUGAGCCUUGUAAUGGUGAAAGAGACAUUGAUGAAUUAUGCACUGUUCCCUUGAAUAGCGACGCUAGUGAAGAUAUAAAUUGGCAAGAACCUAAUGCUGCGCAUGAUUUUGAAAAUGAGGAAAGAGAGGGACAACCAUCAUUUAAUCCUGAGUCCAUUGGAAGGAGAGAUAGUGUUAUGGAAAAUGCGGGUAGAAAGCGGGAGGGAAAUAGUACAAAUGAACAGUUACAAGGAACUUCAGGAAAUGAAAGUGAAGAACAAGGUUGUCAGCAAGAAGCUCAUGAAGUAUUUCAUGAAAGAUAUGAACCUAGUGGUGAGGAAUGUGAUGUCCAUGGGUCAUCAAUUUAUGCAGAUGGUUAUGAGAAUAACACAACUGAAGGCAUACAACGGUCACAUACUUUUCCAGGACAAGGUGAGUGGCAGGAAUCAAUUACUGAUACUGAGGACAGUGACUGGCAACAGUUAGACAAUGCUGAAUUUAGUGGAUGGAGAGAUGGUACUGCAGAAGGCACAGAUGGAAACUGGAGGGAAAGUGAUGUUAAUCACUGGUACCAGGAAACAUCAGGAAGUGAAGGUGAUGAACACCAACACCUGCAACAAUUGCAUGAAGAAUGGCAUGACAAUGGUCAGCAGGAUGAUGCUAUGGAUAAUUUGCUAGAAGGAUCUUCCGCCUGGGAAGCUGAUCCAGUGAGAAGGUUUGAUACAUUUUCUUUCCGAGAUGAUGAUAACGUUUACAGUACAGAAAUUAGAGAGCUUUUAAGCAGGAGAAGUGUCUCUAAUCUUCUUCAAAGUGAUUUCCGUGAGAGCUUAAACCAGUUGAUACAAUCAUAUGCGGAAAGGCAAGCUCAUGCUUCAGUUGAUUGGGAAGUAGAUGGAAUGUUACCCUCUCCACUAUCUCCUGCAUUAGUAGAGCAAGAUGUGCCGCAGAGUGGAAAUCAGAACCAGGAUUGGCCAGAUGCUUUGGAGAGGACUCCAUUUGUUCUCCCUCCACCUCCAGUCAUCCCUUCUCAUCCUUUUUGGGGCCCGGAGUUGCAUGGUGAUAAUUGGCCCCAAAAUAACUUGCAUCAACGCUUGGGAAUUGAGUGGGAGAUCAUUAAUGAUUUGAGGAUUGACAUGGCUAGGCUUCAGCAGCGAAUGAACAACAUGCAGAGGAUGCUAGAGGCCUGCAUGGAUAUGCAGCUUGAAUUGCAGCGCGCUGUACGACAAGAGGUUUCUGCAGCUCUGAAUAGGUCAGCUUGUUCUACAGAGGAGGGUGAUGAUAAGUGUCUGCCAAAGGAUGAAUCCAAAUGGGAUCAUGUGAGGAAAGGAAUUUGCUGUAUGUGUUGUGAUCGCAACAUAGAUUCUUUACUGUACAGAUGUGGGCACAUGUGCGCGUGUUCAACAUGUGCAGAUAAACUGGUCCAAGGAAGAGGGAAUUGUCCGAUGUGCCGAGCGCCUGUGGUUGAGAUGAUCCGAGCCUAUUCUGUUCAAUAAUAACAAACACAUGACAAAAACAGAAAAGGAAAAAAAAAAAAAAAAGAAUAUGGGGAAUAAAUGUUGGAAUAACAAGAUAUA